UUGACACCUUACGCAAACUUGGUUACAUGAGUGUCGAGCGCACAAAGAAUUGAAAUUUAUUUUAGUAUUUAAUCACAGUAACAAUGCUAUUGUAGUGGGUGUGAAUGUAGACCAGCGUGUGCCGCGACCAUGGGCUACGAUAUCGGCUGGAUAAUCCCUCGCCUGCGGAACCCAGGCAGGCUCUGGUACUGUGCAAGCUCCAUCACAGUGGCUGUCGUCGGUUUAUUUAGCAAGAUUAUCAUAGUGUUCCUAAAUAAAACGACGGUGUACAACCGCGAGGCGCUGCAGCGCGCCGUGAGCCGACCUGCGGGCGUGCCCCUGCUCACCGUCUCCAACCACCACUCGUGCUUCGACGACCCCGGCCUCUGGGGGGUGCUGGACUGGGUGUCGCUGGCGCGCGGGUCGCGCAUGCGCUGGUCGCUGGCGGCGCACGACAUCUGCUUCACCAACGCGCUGCACUCCUACUUCUUCGCGCUCGGCAAAUGCGUGCCCGUCGUGCGCGGCGCCGGAGUCUACCAGCCCGCGAUAGACUUCUGCAUCGAGCGGCUGGCGGCGGGCGAGUGGGUGCACAUCUUCCCCGAGGGGCGCGUGAACGUGGACAAGGAGCACAUCCGGUUCAAGUGGGGCGUGGGCCGCGUCCUGGCCGACGCGCCUGUGCCGCCCCUCGUGCUGCCCGUGUGGCACGAGGGGCUCGACCGGGUGCUGCCCAACCAGGAGCCGUACUUGCUAAAGUUCCGCAAGCACGUGUACCUCAACGUGGGCGAGCCCAUACAGCUGCAGCACCUCCUCGACAGGUUGCGAAAGGACAACGCGUCUGAGGAGGAAACUCGUCGUGCGGUCACGUCGCGCAUUCAGGACGAACUAAUGCGGCUGCGGGACCGCACCCACGCGCUCAUACGCGGCUCCAAGCACGAAGCCAACCACCAAGCGAAGCACGAAGCUAACCACCAAGCGAAGCACGAAGCUAACCACCAAGCGAAGCACGAAGCUAACCACCAAGCGAAGCAUGAAGCGUACCACCAAGCGAAGCAUGAAGCUAACCACCAAGCGAAGCAUGAAGCUAACAACCAAGCGAAGCACCAAGCGAAUAACCAUUACGAGACAGACAAGCAGGCUUCGGGCGACGCGCCCUCCUUCGUGCCCAACGGGCGGAACAAGGACAAGGAGAUAUAG